CUGCGUAAAAAGCAGCUCCUGCCGCGCCGCGUCGUUCUUCCCUCUCAUUUCUGGAGACGCGGAGUGAUUUAGAGGCAGCAGCCCGGAGGCGGCGGCUGCUCCGGUGUGUGUCCGACCCUCAGAGCGGCUCUCACUGUCGGACACACGUGUGUCUCAUUUGGCCGCUGCAGCCCCGACAGCUCAGCUUCCUCCACAAGGAAGUGAUGGAGGAGGAAAGUUUGUGACGCCUCUGCGUUUGGUUCGGGACCGUACUCAGGAAAAACGGCAGAGCCUGACCGCUUUGCGCAGUUCGCUCGCCCUCGUCGUUCCUUGCGUUACGUUUCCUAGGAUUCAGUAAAUCUGAGAAAUCUGCAUGGAUUUGGGAUUAACGGGGUCUCCGACAGUGAAAUGUCUCAGCAGUGGAAAUGCAGCUCCACGCCUGUCUGUUGCUUUUUAUUAUCACAACAGAUAAAAUAUUGGCCUCGUCACACCAUCAUUGUGGUGGAAAUGUCUUCCUGGAUGAAGAGCCUGCAGGCCACAUCAGUCUCACUUCACCUGGACUGUUCACUGACACCAGCACACUCGACUCCGUGAAGCAGCAGUCUGAUGAAUCCUUACAGGCUUCAGUUUGCGCUUGGAUGAUACAUAUUCCUCUGGGGAGGACGGUACUUUUAAAGUUGGAACGUGGAUCAAACAUAUCAGUGCGCUGUGUCUGGAACGAGGAAGUUCUGGUCUUGGACAGCGGAGGAACGACUCUGCUGUCCGGCUGCGACAGAAACAAAGCCGCCCUCAUUUGGACAAGAGCAGAACAUUCUCCAAACGCAGUUCAGUUGGCUUAUUAUGUCCAGGAAGAUGAGAGGAAUUCCUCGGAGGACGGCUCAACCCGCCAUCCAGACCUUACUCAGUGGUCUCAGACAGGAACCAGCUUUACAAGUGCUGCUCCUGUUGGUCAAGACGUGGUGAGAGGCACAGAGGAGGGCAGAGGUCGCCUCUAUGAAGGUCAGGAGUGGAGCUCUGGGCCUCAGUCUGUGUCUAGUGGCUCUUCUCAGGACCAGGGGCUGCUGCUCCCCACCUCACCCCAGCAUCGACACCCUGUCUCUGGGAGAGCCGAUAGGGAAACUCUCCCUCUUCCUGAGGAAAAGCCAAACAAUGGAGCGGAUACAUCUGGAGCUGCUCACCUCACUGAUCGUCCCCUGACUGCCAGCGAGGGAACACGCCCAUAUUUUGUGCAUGCUUUCAGUACAGACAGCGAAUCUAACACAGCAAACCCCAGUGAUGAGAUCCCACAAACCCAGAAGACAGAUGCAACAGGCAGGAGGUCCAGCGCUUUGCUUGGCACAGAGAUACCCAAACAUACAUCCACCGAGACGUCUGAACACACAGACAAACACAGCUCCAGCUUUCUUCCUCUCACCUCCUCUCCUCCUGAGCUACCUUCCAGGACGAUCUGGGAGAUUCUCAUCCCACGUGGUGGAGCUGUUAGCGGGACACCCGGAGAUAACCAGCCUCAUUCCUGGAGGAGCCAGCGAAGCACAGACAGACUCGCUUCUGAUCUGACCUCCGUCACCACCCACCUCCGACCCUUUAAAGUCAUCCACCACACCUCCGCAGCAUGA